GAAGAGAAAGGGAGGGGAAACUAAAAGCCAAAGGAUUCUGAAAAACACAAGGAGCAACAGAGGAUUGGAAAUUUGCCCUGACCUUUGAUCGUACCCCGUAAAGACCCUGAAAGAUGGGCAGCUAUCCAGUCUCUGUGCUGCUAUGCUGUUGUCUCUUUGUACUUGUUACUGUCCGGGCACAACAAGCUGAAACACAGGACAUUGAUGUUUCUCUUUUGCCACCACCAGACUGCAGAGAGGAAACAUACCCCUGCACCAGGAUGUACUCGGUUCAUCGGCCGAUAAAGAGAUGUAUUCAAUCUCUCUGUCUCUACAGUCUUCCAAGAGUCUAUGUGAUCAACAAAGAGAUCUGUGUGAGGACCGUGUGCCAGCAAGACGAGAUCCUGAUGGCUGAACUCUGUAGAGAGAAAUCUGGGUGGCCAAAACGCCAAAAGAGGACAACUAAGAGACACUGCCGUCGUGGCUACCCAAAAAACUGGGCAAACAAGGCCUAAAGUCAGAUGGAUGACAAAGUCAGAGAGAAAAAGAAGAGAGUUCUGGUUCCAAAAAAUACAGCUAUAUAAAUCUGAAUGCUGAAUUUUUUUAAUGUUCUGUCAAUAAAACUGAGGAUGCGGACACAAUCAUUACUGUUCAUUAUCACUUUUCAUCACCCUUUUCUCAUUUUAAUGUUUGUGCUUGGAACUGAAAUAAGCUUGGUUGAAUGUCUCAGAGUUUUAGUUUUAAGAUUG